AUGGCAUUUCAUAAUAGUUAUGAGCCUGCAACCAUUUGUCCUUCCAAUACAAAUUCAAGGUUGCUGAGUAAUCAUUUUCGUUCAGAAUUAUUUCCUACAGCCGGAUCACACAAGUUGUUGGAUGAGUUGAGUUCCUUAGAGGCUGACGUUAACGAUCUACUUCGGGGGUCUGUUACCCAUCAUUCUGAUGUUCGGCCAACAACUACGCAAGCAGCUGUGGAGUCUGCCAAGGAGACCAUCCGAGGAAUCCUUUGUCAAGGUUUUGAUGCUUUAACGAACUCUGAAAUGCAAGAAGGCUUUUUUGCUUCUUCAGAGGUUCUUUUGUCAGCCAGUGUCUUCCCAUAUGCUCAUUUGAAGACUAGGUUGACAGUCUUUAGGAAUGAGCUCCCGGAAAAUGCUACUGCCUUUCUUCAAGCACAGACAACUAUUGAUACGGCUUCGGAGUUUUCUUCUCUUCAGGAAUUCUUGGAGGUGCAAGCUGUUAAAAUUCCUGCCCUUCAAGAACGCUUAGGCGUGGCUGCCGAGAAGAUAGUGCAUCUUAGAGCAGUAUUAGACGCUGCCGUUGAGAGAAAAUAUGAUGGAUGA